AUGACUGAAUAUCAACUUCAAAAUCCACCAACAGAUGGAAUUACAUCUGUACAUUUUUCUCCAAAUAAUCAAAGUCAGUUCUUAAUCGCUUCGUCAUGGGAUUGUUCUGUUCGUUUAUAUGAUGUUAAUCAACAUACAUUCCGUCAUAUGUACAAACAUGCAGGUCCUGCAUUAGAUUGUUGUUUUCCGGAUCCUUCACGUGCAUUAAGUGGCGGUUUAGAUCGUAUUUUAAAAAUGUACGACUUUAAUACACAAAAAGAAACUUUAAUGGGAUAUCAUGAUAAUGCAAUACGAUGCGUACAUUAUUCACCUGAAAUAAAUAUGAUAAUCACUGGUUCAUGGGAUGCAUCCAUUAAAUUUUGGGAUUCACGCGUACCUAAUUGUCUUGGUUCUUGCUCAUUACCUGAUAAAAUUUAUACAUUAGAUAGUGUUGGUGAAUUACUUGUUGUUGGAACAGCACAACGUAAAGUAUCGGUUUGGGAUUUACGUAAAAUAAAUAGUCAAACUCCAAUUGAAAAUCGUGAAUCAAAUUUAAAAUAUCAAACACGUUGUAUACGUUGUUUUCCAAAUAAACAAGGAUAUGUUCUUAGUUCAAUUGAAGGUCGAGUUGCUGUAGAAUUUUUUGAUCCAAAUCCAGAAAUUCAAAAGAAAAAAUAUGCAUUUAAAUGUCAUCGUUCAAAAGAUAAUGGAAUUGAAAAUAUUUUUCCUGUUAAUGCUAUUGCUUUUCAUAAACAAUAUGGAACAUUUGCAACUGGUGGUUCUGAUGCAUUUGUAAAUAUGUGGGAUGGUGCAAAUAAAAAACGUUUAUGUCAAUUUCAUCAAUAUCCAGCUGGUAUAACAAGUUUGGCUUUUUCAUCCGAAGGAAAUAUGCUUGCUAUAGCAUCAUCAUAUAAUUACGAAUAUGGUGCUGAUCUACAAUUAGCACCAAAUGAUGUGACAAAAAAUAAUAUAUUUGUUAGACGUGUAUCUGAUUUAGAAACUAAACCUAAAUGA